AUGCUACAGAUCGAGCCUCUCCACCAAGUCUUCCUGAAUUUCUACGCCGCUGUUUCUUACGAACUACUCGGACAAUCAGCCCAUCUUUAUUCGAGCACGAAGAUCUCUUUCUUGAAUGCGGCGCUGGAUUGUUUUGCUAACUGCGAUGCGGUUUUACCGGAGCCAAUGCCUCUACCGAAGCUCCCUGCCGUUGAGAAAACAACUCCCCCUCCAAGUCCGCCUGUAUAUUACCCUUCAACACCUCGGACACCUAGGCGCAGUCUACUUGCGUUUGAUGGGGGGCUCUUCCAGUCACCGAGGCGUGAUUCUCUCGUUCGGAGUAUCACACGGCUGAUUGACAUCUCUCUUUGGGAUUUUGAAGAAGACGACCCGUUCGUGUCAGAUAACGAGAAAGGUCGCGAGAACCCAUUUAUGUUGUCCUUAUCUCCGCUCGCAAGAAAGCCGGCGACAAAGGCCGAAAAGGAUCGUCUCUUCCGAGUCAUGCUCUCUUCGACCAGAACACCGGCAACCAAGAUCAAAGAGCCGGCCAAGAAUAAUACCACUACCACCCUUAUACCCUCUCCUCUGCGUGUCCGCAAAAUUCCAGAGGAAUUAGGACCUCGCCUGGCCAAACCAAGGUCUUUCGAAAAUAUUAGCAGCAGCGGCAGUUCCCCUAAGUCCCAGAGCAGAAGCUCGAACAGAUCUCGCCCUCCGCCCUUACCUUUGAGGAUCAUCCCAGCCACAAAACUAAAUAUCGAUACUCGGAAAGGCGAUAUAAAAAGUCCCCUCGCCAGAAACAUGAAACCCCCUCUCUCAGGCGGGAACCACAAUGUUCAAACUCCGCGAAAGACCACGGCGCCUGCGGAACCCACGGAGGAAAUGACAGCAGCACGCGGGGCAAAAAUCGUCCGACAUAACCGCCGAAUCGAGACUCUACGCUCACAGAUAACAAUAAACAUAAAUUCGAUACAACAGCACGUCGAUCACGUCCUAGAUAUUCAACGCACCCGUCGAUCUCGCCAGAUGCAGCGUUCCAUAUCAUUCUGGAGCUUUGAUCCCAUCAAGUCUGGGAGCGACGACGACGACGAAGAGGAAGUUAGUGCGGGUAAAGAUAGGGAACCGAUUCUGGAUGAAUUCGGCAAUUUCUUGGUGAAGGAGACGAAGGCGCAGCGAAUUACUCGUCUGCGGUCGGAGGGAUGGGAGACUGUUGGGUUGCGUUCGCCCCGGAGCACAUGGAAGGGAUCGCGGUAUUAUCAGGAAUUUUGCGCUAUGGUCAUGAAUGAGAUGUAUCUGGAUCGGUGA